AUGUUUCGCAAUCGGACGUCUUCACAAAAGCCAGGCGAUGAGUUCAUCGCAAAUUUCCGCCAAAGUUUCCCAGAGGUCGCAACGACAACGACGGGGUCAAGUUCUGGAAAUACUCUUGGCGUGGCAGUCGCCGGCGGGCCACUACCAGAUCUAAAACAUAACAGUUUAGGACAUGAGGAUAUAAAAGAUCUCGAUCCUACGCCUAGAGCGCAGAACGAGCCAUGGCGCUUCACGCCUUCUCUCCUUGAUCCGAACUCAUUUGCCUUUUCCAAUUUCGCAAACCAGCCACCUGGAUACUAUACCCCUACUCCAGGCGGUACAAACACAUUAUAUCACAGCCAGGCUGCAGGUGAUCUACAUACUCCUGGGAUGGGCAUGGGCAUGGGUCUUGGAACCCCUCUUUCUAUGCCCUCCUCUGCUGAUGGGCUUCAUACUAGCACCAUGAUGGAUAUGUCUGGAUUUGGUCACCAAAUGCAUCCCCAAUUUCACAGUUAUAACCCAUUUGGCCACCAACAGCAUCAUCACCAUCAACAGCAGCCACAGCAGGAUUCAUUCGCGCCCUCUUCUUUCGUACACCAGGACACAGGUUAUGAGACAAUGGACCACGAUGGGUCGCCUAUGGACGAUGAGGAACGCAUGGGAUCAAUGGGUUCAAAUCUGCAGCAUCAUUCUCCUGUCAUGGCUUUCCAGCCUACACAUUACGAUACGGCAAUGCCUGCCCAAAUGCCCCCAUCUGCGGAGAAGUUUCGCUUCCAUGUUACUAUGAACGCCCCAACCGCCAUGGUCAAACAUACUGAUGAAAUCCCCAUCACUUAUCUCAACAAGGGUCAGGCAUAUUCAAUUUCUAUUAUUGACACUGCUCCCGCAACGCCAUUACCCCCCGGGUCGAAAUACAGAACUUUCGUACGGAUUUCUUUCGAGGACGAGCAGCAGCGACAAAAGCCUGGGACCUGUUGGCAGUUAUGGAAGGAGGGUCGCGGAACAAACGAAGCUCAUCAACGUGGAGGCAAGCUCCAAGCGGUCGAGUACGUUGAGGCAAACCAGCCUGCAGAGAGUGAUGAUAAGAGGACUCGAGUAGAUCUGGAUACCGCAUCUUUCGAUGGGUUCUCGGUUGUAUGGACACCUGGCGCGAACGGCUCUUCAGAAUGCAAUAUUGCUGUCCGGUUCAACUUCCUCUCCACUGACUUUAGCCAUUCCAAGGGUGUCAAGGGGAUUCCUGUGCGACUUUGCGCGAAAACCGAGACUAUUUCAAGCGGCUCGCCUCGCGCCGGCACGGAAGACUCCGAGGUUGCGUUUUGCAAAGUCAAGCUUUUCAGAGACCAUGGAGCGGAACGGAAGCUCUCGAACGAUGUCGCACACGUGAAAAAGACAAUCGACAAGCUCCAGCAACAGAUUGCUCAGGCCGAGACUGGCAUGAAGGACUUUGGUAAACGGAAGAGAACUGGAUCGAUCUCCAAAGUGCAACCCAGUCAGCGCCCGGGCAAAGUUCAAAAGCAUAAGAGAACAUGGUCAAUGUCAUCAGCAUCCUCUGGCGGAGCAAGGUUGCCCGUUGAAGAGGAUCUCCAUUUUAAGCUUCAAACUAUGCAAGACAUGUUCACAAGCACGAGGCCAGUUAGUAUCUUAUAUCUCCGCGGAUCAGAAGAGGACGAUCCAGAUCUUCACCCAGUCGCUCUGGUCGGUGAGCCUUUGGAUCUGACCAAGGUGGACUCAAGAGGAAGCAAUUUAUGGCAACAGAGGACUAGCGAUGGCUCUACAGCCGGAACUUCAUCGUUUGUCUCUCCUUCCCCGAGUUCCAUCUCCCUGCAGUCCCAGGGUCCAAUUGGCACUUCAACGAAUACUGGCGGCCAAUGGGAUCUUCAGUCGUUGGCACCGGCAGAUGUAACCUCGUCGAAUCCUCAGCAGCUCGCAAGCCCACCGGAUCAACUCACAAAGGUUCCCAAAACCGAUGAAGCCGGAAGCUUAAGUGGUUGGAUCGAAGCUUUAGGAGUUGAUUCUUCCUACAAACCGCCCGUGGUGGAACGUGUUAUUAAGCCUGCGGCCUGCUUCUAUAUUCUUCAUCGCGAUCCGACUCAGCCAGAAAAGCACGAGUAUUACAAGGCUGUGUACCUGAUGCAGAGAACUCUGAAGGAUUUCACAAAUAGCAUUGCGGCCAAAUGGAACAUGGAACCAACAAGGAUCUUACGAACUCUCCAUAUCCUCGACCGUGGUCUUGAGGUCGAAAUGGACGAUGAUGUUAUUUGCGAAAUCACCGAAGGCCAGGACCUUAUUAUGGAGAUUACCGAAAUCCAAGGCGAGGUCAAACGCGAAUGGGAAAUGCCCGAUGUCAGUGUUGACAGCGACAACCCCAGCGGCACUCAGAAUAUAAUCCAAAGCGAGGGAUACGAACUUCGCCUAAUGUUUUAA